AUGUUUGGCAUCUUUUCGCGCAUUCCCGUGGAGCUGCGCACGGCCGUGUCGAUUGCGGUUCGAGCAGGCUGUGCCAUCCAUUUCUUUCGCAUGCACAUUUUCGAGUCUUCACUCACAUACGGCCCAUCAAUGAUUCCGACUCUUGAUGAGAAGGGCGACUUUGUCAAUAUCGACAAGCUGAAGAGCAGAGGGCGAGGCGUGCAAGUUGGUGACGUGGUCGUGGCGAUAAAGCCGACCACUUCAGACCAGCGGGUCUGCAAGCGAAUCAGUGGUAUGCCUGGAGACAUCAUUCUUAUAGAUCAUGAACGGUCUGAUAACGAGUUCAUUCAGGUCCCCAAGGGUCACUGCUGGGUCACUGGCGACAAUCUGAGCAUGAGUCUGGACUCUCGAACAUACAGAGCCAUGCCUCUAGCCCUCGUCAAGGGUAAAAUCAUCGCUGCUCACUCAUUUGCACGGGGAUUCCGAUUCCUACCAAACACUCUGGAGGACGCUGCGGAAGAUGAACUAAUCACAAAUACUGUGACAUUGGUGGAGGACGAGCCUGUUGAGGUGGCCACUACGAGCAGUUAG